AUGGUUCCUCAAAGUCUUCGGCUUGCGAGGCGAGUUCCCCAUCUUCUUGUUUGGGCGACUUCAAUAGUUCGGUCACCAAUAACUUUUAAGCCAAUAUCGAGGCGGGCCCUCACCAUUAACUUCGCCCUUAGUGACCCUCGAUUUCUAUGCGUCUGCCAGAAGGCGAGCAGUCCCGUGUUUUUUACAAAAACACCCAUCGAGGGCCAGAAGCAUACCCGUCAAAUAGGCCAGAGGCGCAUCGAGCUGUCCAUCAUCUCAAAACAAGAAACCCAAUCUCAUCCAGAAGAAACCUUUGAGGGACAUGGCCGACGCCCCUGGCUCAUCCACGCACCCUCACGGCCAACUACCGGGCGAUUGGCCCAGUUGCUCCAUCUCACGGCUCCAGCUAUGCGAUCUCCAGCAGCAAGGGUAUCUUCCGGCCGCAGAUCUCAUGCCCGUUCGCGUGGGGCUCACCUCGGCCGAUGGGAGGCCUUCGCAGAGAACUUUCUCAAUCCAAAUAAGGAUGAGAGGGUAUGUUUCGUAUCCUUCCUUCUAAGAGGCCUAGGAUUCCCCAUUCACCCUUUCUUAAGGGGCCUGGUAGAGUUUUAUGGGCUCCAGCUCCACAACUUCACCCCGGUAUCAAUUCUGCAUAUUUCUGGCUUCGUCGCUUUCUGUGAGAUGUUCCUAGACUGUGAGGCCCAUUUCGAGCUAUGGAGGAAAUUUCUGCCUCGUCUGUCGCAACCACGAGGGGUCAAUUCUUGA